AAUAACCUCUAGAGGCGCAGUAUUCAGAAGCGAGUGUCAGUUUAAAUGGGUUAAACCAGGUGGCGAAGAGGCAACAGUCACAGUUAUGACAGUGUAAAAGAAGGAGCUAACAUCAGUGAUCCGAAUGACACCAACACCGAAAAAGCUGUCAUCUGAGGAAAUGGACGUAGUGGACAUAAAAGAGCAGUCUGGAAGCCAAACGAGUGGUCUCAAGGAUAAAGACCCAAAUUGCCAUAACGGUUCAGAAACAGAGGAAGAACCUUUGCUCCGAGAAAACCCUAGACGGUUUGUCAUCUUUCCCAUCCAGUAUCCUGACAUCUGGAGGAUGUAUAAGCAGGCACAAGCAUCUUUCUGGACAGUGGAGGAGGUUGACCUAUCCAAAGACUUGGUCCACUGGGACCGCUUGAAACCUGAGGAAAAACACUUCAUUUCCCAUGUCUUAGCCUUCUUUGCUGCCAGUGAUGGUAUUGUUAAUGAGAACCUGGUGCAGAGGUUCUGCCAGGAGGUCCAGGUCCCUGAAGCACGCUCAUUCUACAGCUUCCAGAUCCUCAUUGAGACAGUUCAUUCAGAGAUGUACAGUAUGCUCAUCAACACUUACAUCAGAGACCUGAAGGAGAGAGAUUAUCUAUUCAAUGCCAUUCAGACCAUGUCUUGUGUGAAAAGAAAAGCAGACUGGGCGCUCCAGUGGAUAAAUGACAGCAAGUCUACAUUUGGUGAACGUAUCGUAGCUUUUGCAGCCGUGGAGGGCAUCUUCUUCUCUGGCUCAUUUGCUGCCAUCUAUUGGCUAAAGAAGAGGGGUCUAAUGCCUGGUCUUACCUACUCCAAUGAGCUGAUCAGCAGAGAUGAGGGCCUGCACUGUAAUUUUGCCUGCCUGCUGUACAGCUACCUGGUGAAGAAGCCAUCUGAGGACAGAGUGAAGGACAUCAUCACUAAAGCUGUUAGCAUUGAGCAGGAGUUUUUGACUGAGGCCUUGCCAGUGGAUCUCAUUGGAAUCAACUGUAGCUUGAUGAAACAGUACAUUGAGUUUGUGGCUGACCGACUUCUUGCUGACCUUGGACUUGCCAAGGUUUACCAAGCUGAGAACCCAUUUGACUUCAUGGAGUCUAUUUCACUUGAGGGGAAAACCAACUUCUUUGAGAAACGAGUGGCAGAGUAUCAGAGAUUUGGAGUCAUGUCAAACAUGAUGGACUGUGAAUUCACUUUAGAUGCAGACUUCUGAAACUAAAGUGUCUGUUCUGUUACAUGUUUGUUACAUCUGAACUAUUUAUUGUCUUUUGGUUUAUUCAGUUGCUGGCCAAAAAGAUUAUAAUAAACUAUACUAUAGGCCUACAAAUAUAAGUGAACAAAUCUGUAAGAUGGGUUAGUAGUAUAGAUGACAAAAAGGAA